AUGUCACCAACCUCCAUCGACUCUGCUGACAGUGUCCCAAGGACAGACCCUCGCCAACAAUCGCAGUCGCCGUCAAUGUUUUCGCCGGUUGGGGAUCCCACUAGGUAUUCCGUUUCCGUUGAUGAUGACGAUAGCAAUGGUAAUGGCCACGAAGAGGAAGACUUCAUUCACUUUCCCACAUCCCCUGUCCAGCAUGUGCUUGCAGAUCAAGAUCUUCAUGACAGCUCGUGGCAACACUUUGACGACGAUAUCGCAGAGCCGCCACGGUUACGGCUUGAAAGUGACAUGAAUGCACCGCUGCUGCUGCAAAAUGGGAAUCGCAGACACCCAACACCGCUCAAUGGCCUGAAUUAUUUGAAUUUCAUCACCUACUGCGCAAAUUGCUUCGUUUCAUUCAAUGUGGGAGUCCGUGGAUUGGGUUCCCAACUUCCAAAGAGUGUGGACGUAUUUUUGGAAGUUCAGACUCUGAUAACUCCGGCACGAUGGGCCUACAUUUUAUGGGCUCCAAUUCUUGUUUUUGAAGCCAUUUUUGCCAUUGCACAACUUCUUCCAUACUACCGGGCUCGACCGAUCAUACAGCAAGGAACAGGGUACUUUUUCUUUUGGACAUGCCUUGUGCAAACCGUCUGGACGCUUGCUUUUGCAUUCGAAAAGUUCAUAGUUUCGUUCGUUGCGGUCCUUUGUGCAUUAAUAUCCAUGGCUUGCUUGUUGGCAAGUCAACACUAUUACAGGGUGCGGGGUAAAAAAUCAUUGGUGGAGUACUGGUUGUUUCGAUUUCCAUUUUACCUACACUGUGGCUGGCUUAUUCUGAGCAGUGUUGUACAAUUCUCGAUUCUCUUUCGAUAUUUGACGAGCAAUAUUGGAGUGCAGCUGGCUGCAGAUGUGGUUGCUCUUGGGGCGAUGUUACCUCCCGCUACUUUCUUUUUGACUGGACAGCCAUCUGGUCCUGAUUUUGUGAUUCCAUUGGUGAUUAUUUGGUCCUAUAUUGGCAUUGCUCUUCCUCUUCACAACCCCAGCGACACGCUCUUGGCGACAUAUGACCAUUCGGAUAUUGUCGCUGUCCGAGAUUCGGCCUACUUUUUCGCCUGCACAGUUGGAUUGAUGCUAAUACCUCGUGUCGUCAUUUGGGCGUUCCAAGAGUUUUGCACUAUCAACGUUGUAGAGCUUGGUGAUGCGUCAACGGGUGUCUAA